AUAAGGGCAUCGUUUCGGAAUAACGGCUAUCAGUGAGUAUCGCGCUGUUUUCGCAUCACACGGCAACACACGGGACACGCAGCAUCGACCACAAUGCCGAAGUUUCAGAUUCUAUGUCUUUUAUGCGCGACGAUUGCAGUCAGCCACGCAGUGGUCUUAAGCGGUUACGACGGCGGCCAUGGAAUCUCAUACGCGGAUUACGAGGGUCUAGAAGGAUACUCAGGAUCUGCUGUUCAAUACGAAGGACACGCUGUUCUACCAACAGUAGCGGUUCCGGUUCACGCGGUUUCCGCCUCGCCUGUUCAAGUUGCAGCGACCCUCGAUCAUGGAUCUCACGGAUACGAUCAUCAUGCUGAUCACGAACACGAUUACUAUGCUCAUCCAAAAUAUACUUUCAACUAUGGCGUUCACGAUCCUCACACAGGGGAUGUGAAGACUCAGCACGAAGUUCGUGAUGGUGACGUGGUUCACGGAUCUUAUAGCGUCAACGAGCCUGACGGUAGCGUCAGAAUCGUCGAAUACACUGCCGACGACCAUAAUGGCUUCAACGCAGUGGUUAAGAAAGUCGGACCAGCGAUACACCCUAAACCAAUUCCCGUAGCAAAAUACGUUUCGCCGGCGUACUACAAUAGUUACGAAGAAUACGAAAAGCAUCAUUAUUAAUCGUAUGAAUAUAUUCGAGUGAUGGAGGAAGAAACAAAAAAAAAAAAAAAAAAAAAAAAAAAUGCAGGAACAGGGUUAGAAAGAAUUUAUUUAAGUGAGACGUGUCGACGAUUAACCCCUCGUUUUAUGGUAUCGAAUUUGUGAUAGACUAUGGUUGAAAUAUUAAAAAACAAGGACUAUUUCAACAUCCUAUAGGAUAUAUGGUAUAGAUAAUAUGUAGAUUUCCGACAUUUUCAUUGCUAUCGAUGCACAUGUUGCGUCGUUUCAAUCGUUCAAGCAACGUUAACCGACGUAAUUGUUCUUUUCCGUGCAUUUCGAUGCAGCGAUCGAAGAAAUAGAGAAAAGGCGGCGAAGUGUAUCGAGAUAAAUAUUAUUGUUUGAAAUAAAGACAUUUUUUAUGAAAAAGAGGAGAUGCGUAAUUCCAAAGGUGGAGCAGUAUUUUUCAACACCGAGCGUGUUAUAUAAAUACGUAUAUUAUAAUACGAAAAUAAAUUAAUAAUUAAUCAAUGCUGCGUUAUCGUUGAUAAUCCGUCAUUCUCUAUAAUUUCUGCCAUUUUUUCCCAAAAGUCUUUUAUUAUGUCCCGAGAAGAUUUCCUUUGAAUUUGUUUCAAAUUCAGACCUUGGAAGAAAUUUCUUACGAACUGAGUAAACGUAUCGCAGGUAAAUUAUUAAAUCAUAAGGCAAGGGGUUAACCGAUUCGAGUCAUCCACGUUUUCGAACGUUGACUUUUCCGAUUAAUUCCAAAUGGUUUCUAUAAUGAAAUCGCGGAUAUUCGUACAGACUGGUAUUUAGUUGUAAACACAACUAAAGAAAUGGAUAUUUCAUCCGCUAGAUAUUAUAACGAGAAUUAUAUUUUGGAUAUUUCGAAGGUGUAAAAAAAAUAUCGCAGUACAAACAUAAGGUACGAAAACAUAAAAUAUACAGAUGCGUAUUUAUGGGAAAUUUAAUGGCGCAGAAAUGCUGAAAACAGGUUUCUCAUAAAUGAAUAAAUAUCCGCGGUGUAAUUAUAUUUUAAUCGCUAGAGAUGCUUGGAGAUGGAAAGCGUGCCAAAAAGACGGGCCAAGAAAUUGUAAAUUAUUCAUCGUCCAAGGUAUAUGAGUGUCUCCGAAGGAAUUUGAUCUUCCUCGCGAAACUUAAAAAAAGAGAAGAAAUGCUCAUAACAAAAACAUGUUCCCAGGAGAAAUUUCCAUUCGAAGAAACGAGUUUCCAGCUGACGACCCUCCGAAUUAUCGGGAGGAUAUGUAAACGAGUGUUUACUGUUCGUUAAUCGGUAGAAAGUGCCUCGGGGCGAAAAACGAUUUGCUCGUGUACUUGAACAGUAGCGAAACAACUUUCCAUUCUGUUUUAUCCGAUGAUUUUGCCAAGAAAUUCGAUGAAAAAUAAAUUCUUCGUGAUUGGAUAACAGACACCAGGGACGCGAGAAAGGGAAUCGAGUUGAUAAUCAUUUGGCUGAACGCUCUAAAAAAAGAAUUAUCGUACUUUGUUAUACUUUCUUUGGUAGUUCAUAGAAAUUAGAGACGUUUGAUCGAAGCUACCGGGAGAAAUGUAGAAUUUUAAUAGGCGAGGAACUUUUUAUAAUUUUAUUUAAGAAGAAAGAGCCGGGAAGAAAUUUACGAAUAUUUCGUAAUAAAUAUUAUGUUACAUUAUUAAAUAAACAACCAGGUGAUUGGAAAUUUAAUUAACGAGAUUUCCAAUUGACGAAAAUGUUAAUUACUUAGAUUUUUUCGAAUAUUUUCAUUUAUUUCCUGUAAAUUUGCUGUUUUCCAAUCAUUUCGUCUAUGCUGCAAAUGGUUUUAUUUAUUUGCUGUGUAUUUGUUCGUGAACAAGUGAAUAAGAAAAGAAUAUCAUUGUUUUCUGAAGGAAGAAUUGUACCUGUCGCUUCGCUACCUGAGCAAAAAAUCUGGAAGAUCGUAAUUUUUCAAUGUUCGAGGAGAAAAUUUCUUAGAACAAUUUCCGAACAAAUAUAACCAGUAUAUAGGUAAUAGGUAAAGUAAUCAAUAGGUGAUAGGUAAUAUAACCAUAAGAAUAAUCAGUAGGUACCCUUGUAUUUAUAGACGGCAAUGUACUUAUUUUACUUCUGUCAUAUAAUUUAAAUUAUGAUUAUUUAAGUUAACUUAUGCACGAUAUAUACUUAUAUAUACAUAGAUAUACAUUACAGACUGUUAGUUCCAAUAUCAAGAAGAAAGCAGAAGAUACGAAUCACAGCGAAUGUUAUUUACAGAAUAAUGAUUUAAUCACCGCGAAUCUGUUCGACAAACAACAUCUUUCCUGUUCGUCGCUCAAGAAAGGCUUCCUUGAAAUUAAUAUUCCCUGACUGACCAAAGUAAAAAAAAAAAAAAAAAAAAGAAAGAAGAGAAAGAA